AUGAGCUCUACCGGUCCCGGCAAAUCUGGCAGAUCUCGCAGAUCUACCGGUUCCAACACCAAACGUUGUGAUAAGUGUGAUACCUUUAUGUUUAACUCCGUUACCGGUGCAAAAACCUGUCGUGCAUGCCAAGCGGAAGAGGAAUCCAGGAGCGCUGUUACAGCUGCUUCUGGACACGGGGGUGUCCCCAAUUCUACUAAUGCGAUUGCACACCAAAGCAACGUUGAACCCAAUUGGCAAGUCUCCGGAUACUCAUACGACAUCCUCAGCUCAUAUCAGGUCGACGCUGAGGACCCAAAUACAGCUGCUUCUCAACACGGGAAUGGGAACCACUUUACCAUUGCGAAUGCAGAGCAGGGUGAGAUUCAAGGUGAUUGGCGAGACCCCGAUCCACAGAAUUGGAAACUUCCGGCAAGAGGAGGUCAUUGUGCUGCUGGGACUUCAUCAGAGCAUGGUUCGGUUCAUGUCGCCAAUGAACCGGUGAAUGAUCACGGUGUUCCUCAAAAGUCAUUUGAUUGCAGAUCACUGAGGAAACCAAGAACGUCCGGAAAACCAGGUUCAGGUGGUCCAUGA